GGACGAGUGUCUCUAACAAUCAAAACAGACGCCAUAUUGCUCGUCUUGUUUACCUUGUCCGUUAGUGUCUUUAGGAAGGUUUUUCCCUUCUAUUAUUACAUCUUGGUAUGCCUAUCUCUUUAGUCUAAGAUAUGGACCGUGAAUAUGAAAGACGUCUAUUGCGUCAACAAAAUGGCCCCGUCACUUCUCCAACUUCACCUUUGUCGCCCCGUCGUCAGCUGACUCACAUAUCGGUCCAAUCACCAAGUAAAGACCGCACGGGUGAUAGAUUUAUUCCAACUCGUGCUGGAGCCAACUGGGACGUUAAUUUCGCUCUUAUUCAAGAAAAUAAUAAAGUAAAUAAUGAAGUGCGUAAAGGUCGUGAAGGAGGGGAAGGCAAGGAUGGCGUUGCGUAUACUACACUGUUACGCAAUGAACUUCUAGGCACGGAUAUUGAGGAUCUGAGAGACACUCCAGAUGAAAGACGAGCACUCUCACCUGUUCAGAAUCCUAAUCUAUACCAUUUUUCCCCUCGAAAGAAUCACAUGAGAGAAGAUGCUCUUUCACCAUAUUCUUUGUCUCCUGUUAGUGCCAAGAGCCAAAAAUUGUUACGGUCCCCAAGAAAAGCUGCACGGAAGAUAUCAAAAAUCCCCUUUAAGGUCUUAGAUGCACCUGAACUUCAAGAUGAUUUUUACCUCAACCUUGUUGACUGGAGUUCUCAGAAUGUUUUAUCUGUGGGUCUGGGACACUGUGUUUAUCUGUGGUCAGCUUAUACCUCACAAGUUACUAGACUCUGUGACUUAUCUCUGGAUAAUGAUUCUGUAACAUCCGUCUCCUGGUCAGAAAGGGGAAAUCAAGUUGCUGUAGGAACACACAAAGGUCUUGUUCAGGUUUGGGAUGUUGCUAGUAGUAAACGAGUUUGUGUUCUUAAUGGGCACACUGCACGUGUAGGAGCUCUAGCGUGGAAUGGAGAUGUUUUAUCAUCAGGUUCCAGAGAUCGGCUCAUCCUACAAAGAGAUGUGAGAACACCUUGUAUCAUCCCGGACAGAAGGCUAGUAGGACACAGACAAGAGGUGUGUGGGUUAAAAUGGUCUCCUGAUAGUCAAUAUUUAGCAUCUGGUGGGAAUGACAAUAAACUUUUUGUGUGGAAUCUACACUCACUUACCGCAGUCCAGACCUACACAGAACACAAUGCAGCAGUUAAAGCUAUUGCCUGGUCGCCACAUCAUCAUGGGUUACUCGCCAGUGGAGGAGGGACAGCUGAUCGCUGUAUACGUUUUUGGAAUACAUUAACGGGUCAGCCUAUGCAGUGUGUGGACACUGGUUCUCAAGUUUGUAAUUUGGCAUGGUCGAAACAUGCCUCUGAACUGGUCUCCACUCAUGGUUAUAGCCAGAACCAAAUUUUAGUAUGGCGAUACCCAUCGUUAGCACAAGUGGCCAAGCUGACUGGCCACACGUACAGGGUACUUUACUUGGCUAUGUCACCGGAUGGGGAGGCGAUUGUUACUGGUGCAGGAGAUGAAACUCUCCGAUUUUGGAAUGUUUUCAGUAAAGCUCGAUCUCAAAAGGAGUCCAAAUCAGUACUGAAUCUUUUUACUUCCCUGCGAUAGUUGCGUUGGAGAUGGAGAAAUUCAAAUGGUGUUCUGUGCUUUGUAAAUAGUGGGUUCAACAGGUGGUGUGUGUUUGUAUGGUCAGUCAACUUUUUAUAUAUAUAUAUGUAUAUUUAUCAAGUGUAGUAUAAUGUAUAUACUUUAAGAAUGUUGUAGAUCUUUACCAAUCAGUUCGUCUUUACAUGGAUCUAUUUUUAUUAUUUUCAAGUACUAUUAUUCAUUGUUCUGUAUUCUCAAAUUAUUCUCUUAUUUUCUCCCUUCUCCAAAUUGUUUAUCAGUUUGUUUUAAGAGAAAUAUUUUCAUAUGUUCUCUCUUUCUCUCUCCUUUUUUUUUAUCUGUUUUGUUUUGAGAACUUGAAGAUUUUCAAGUGUUGGGCUUUGGGGGUUUGACCACACAAUGUCACUUGUUUGCUGGUAGAUGGGUUUGUUAUUUUGUUGUUAGCCAAAAAAAUAUACUCAUUAUUUUCCAUGACAGUCACUAGAAAAAAAUUUAUUUUUUCAUCAUGAUGUAACUUAUAGCCACCUGGUGUAUUGUGGAUCAUUGUUUACCAGAGUGAAGAGAUAUUUUGGCAUGUGGACCCUAAGAGAAGGUUAUAGUUGGACAGCCACUCGCCACCCAAAAGGGUAGAGGUGAUUUUUUUUUACUUAUAUAUAUAUAUCUUGAAUGUAAAGUCCUGCUGUCUUUAAGGUCAUUUCAGCUACAGACUUGUAAACCAUUAUUUGCUUCUGUAUGAAGAGUAAUACUAGUUAGUAGUUUUUUUUUUAUUCUAAGAGAUAUACAAACGAUAGAGGGGAAAGUGUACCCAGAAGUGUGGACAUGUGAAUUGUUGGUUUUUGUAAUCAUCUAAAAAUUCAUACUAGAGUAUUCUCCAGGAUUUUUGUAUUACUAGACUAGAAGAUUUUAUAUUAGGCAGCUCAAAUAGGCAUCAGAUGUCAUGUUGGUUUUUAGUUGUGAUCACUUAAGUUUUCAGAAAGCUUAAGGUACAUGUGAUGUGAAAAUUCAAGUGUCAUAUGCCGGUAUAUUUUGUAAGUCGAUCUAUCACCUUAUCCUGAGUCAGGGCAAUGAAUAGAGUACACAGAGAGGCUAUGAAGGUGAAAACUUAAAUGUUCAUGAUGUUAUACAGUUGUGAAUUAUUGUCAUCCACUGAGCAUUAUUCCAUCAUUUUAAUGCAACACUUCAAGACUGGAUGAGUCUAAAGAUACUUGCAUGUAUAAACGUGCUACAUGGAAAUUACAUAACUUAGCAUUGGAUUCUAGUGAUGCUACUCUAUCUACAUAACACAUUAGGUGAUUCACUACUACUGAAUACAUGUUGUAUGUGAAAAAAAAUUUCCCAGUGUAUACCAGUACUAAUUUAUGUUAAUGUGCCCUUCCAACUUCAUAGUGAGACUCCCAUUAUGAAUGGUUCAUCCCAGUUUGGUACCUGUUAUCGUAACAUGUAUGGCAUUCAAGUAGCUAUAGUACCUUCCACUCACCUCAGAGGGUAGGACAGUUAACUUGCAAAGAGUUGUUAUCAUCUUUCACUUUUGUAUUGCCUUAUAGGCCUUGUUGAGGCUCCUUUAUUCAAAUUUUGUAUAUUAUUUAAAUCUUUAGAAAAUUUGUACUAUUUCAGUGUAUCAGUGAAAAAUACUUGAAUAUAUGAGCUAUUUAGAAAA